AUGCUGACGGGCGCCGUGAUAUUUUCUAUACUUACUGGAAGCGCGGCAAGCUCAUUCAGAGCUUCCCCAAGACCCGCUAGCUUACCAAUACCACCGGCAGCUUCCAUGGCUAUUGAGGCGGCGGAAGCCAGUCGAGUUCAGCCAGUUACACUCCGCACAUACCACAACAGAUGGACGAUUUCUUUGGCAUCGACAUGGGAGCUGAAAACUUGGAUAACAUGCUACAAGCGGAGAUGGAAGAUGUCCAAUUGGAAAAGAUACGUUACUGAAAUGUCCAUAUAUAGUAUCAUGGCAGAUUGGAUGUCGUAUCCAUUGCUCCCAUUUUGA